GGACAGGGACAGAUGCUGGGCUGGGCAGCAGCAUCUCGGCCAGCAUGGCUGGAUCCAGCUUGGCCUGAGCUGGGGCCACGCUCUGCCCUCCCCUCCACUCGGGCAGCCCUUGGUGCUUAUUUUACUAAAGGCAGAAAAGUAUAUGAGUAAAUGGGGGGAUUUUUUUCACCCUUUCCUUCCUGUUUUUGUCUGCGAGGUCGGGGUGUCCCAGCAUGGGGACGGCCCUGAGCCACACCGUCGCCUUGAGCUUCCCGGGGUCUCACCGGCUGUGUGGGGACAGCGGGGACCAGGGUGGGCACGGGGGGCUCCCCUGGGGGCCGUGCUCACCCCCCGCGAGAGGGCCCUGCUCCGCACGGCCGACCCCGGGUCCAGGAGGCCCCUGGUGGAGCAGGGAGAGCCCCCCCAGCAGCCGGGCCCGCCGCAGGGACACCAACAGCCACCACAGGAGCUGCUGGAGGCCCACGAACGCCAAAUGGCCGAGAUCCGGGCCAGGACCCGGCAGCUGGAGCAGCAGAGGGAAGGGCCACCCUCCACCUCGACACCCUCCUGCCACCCGCGGGGCCACUCUCUGCCGAGGCCAGGGACCGUGACUCCACAGCCGGCACCUGAGGCACCCCCGGCUGUGCCAGCAGAGCCCCCUGGCACUGGCACACAGGGUCUGGAUGCGGCACUGCUGGCUGUGGAGCUGGAAAACUGGCGUCUGGAAGAUGAAGUGUUGGCGCUGAAGGUCAGGAGGGAGAGAAGAGCCGACGCUGGCUCGAGGGUGGCUCAGCAGCACUCGGAGGAGCUGGCCCAGCUGCAGGCAGAGGUGGGGAUGCUGCGAUGCCACGCGGAGCAGACAGGGCCACGGGUGCCCCCACCCAUCCUCCCACACCCUGUGGACCCCCCAUUGCCACCAGCCCUGGCUGUGCCGGAACUUUUUAUGGAGCCCCCCAGGCCAGCACUGGGGCCAGGCAGCCCCACAGCCCACGUGCCCCAUGGCCUCCCCCUCAGCCCUUUUGUGGCCCUAGAGGACCCUCCUCCUGCUCAGGAGCCCCCAGAACAACACAAACCUCCACGAAGGCUGCUCAAGGCCGAGGGAGGCACCCCCAGAACCCAUUGAAGGCUUAGCUAAGACUGAACCCAAACACAGCCCCAGCUGUGACCACAGAGCUGGUGCACCAGAAGGA